CGUGCGCGGAAACAGAGCAGUGUGGCUUGCGCUCCGAUGUCAGUGACCAGUGCAGUGCUGUGACACGACUAUCCGAAGCGACAACAGCAGCAAAAUGAUAGCCGAGGGCAAGACUUUCUUCCUGCGUUCUGCAGUUUUCGUUGGACUGGCGUCAGUGGUGACGACGAUCAUUUACUUCACGCCUGUACCAGACAUUGAGUUCGCAUCAUGCGAACGACCGUGCCACGAGCUGGACUGGCCGAUGAUCUGCAGGGUGAAGCUGACUGUUGAGGUGUACCAACCUCUUACAAGCAGCUGCGGGUCGUGCCCGAGCAACGCGAGCGACUGCUUUCGGCCGCAGUGCAUCACGGCGGACGGCGUGCGCCAGCCCAUGCUCACAGUCAACCGACAGCUGCCCGGACCCAGCAUACACGUGUGCGAGAACGACAUCCUGCUGGUGGAGCUGGAGAACCGCGCGCCGGGCGUGGAGCUGUCGCUGCACUGGCGCGGCCAGCCGCAGCGCGAGACGCCCGCCAUGGACGGCGUGGCCGGCGUGACGCAGUGCGCGGUGCCGGCGCACACCACCUUCCAGUACAAGUUCCGCGCCGCCGCGCCCGGCACACACCUCUGGCACGCCUUCACCGGCCUGACGGCGGCAGACACGGUGUCUGGCGCGCUGGUGGUGCGCCGCCCGGAGUCGAAGGAGUCGCUGCGGCCGCUGUACGACCGCGACGAGCGCGAACACCUGGUGCUGGUGUCUCAGCUGGCCGAGGCGCCCGCCACGCUGCUGCCGCCCGGCGCAGACGCCACCGGUCGCGCCCUGCUCAUCAACGGCCGCCAGCAGGGCUCCGGGGACCUGCCGCUGCACACGUUCUGGGUGUCGGCGGGCCGCCGCUACAGGUUCCGCGUGGUGAACGCCGGCGGCGGCGGUCACUGCGCGGUCAACGUGACCGUCGAGGGCCACCGCAUGCUGCUCGUGGCGCUGGACGGCGCGCCCGUCAAGCCGCAGCUCGCCACCUCCGCCGUGCUCGCCUCUGGUGAGCGCGCUGACGUGGUGAUCCGCACGGAGCACGCAGACGGCACGUACCGCGUCCUGGCCAACACCGUACCUGGCUGUGGCUCCCAACAGCUGCACAGCACCGCCCUGCUGCGGUACAGAGACCCCGCUAGCGACGACCACGACCACGACGAGGUCGAGACCAACAGCAUCGACGUGGAGGGCGUGGGCCUAGAGGAGCCUUCGCCCACUCCUCCCACGGAGCUAGCCGUCGAACACAGCGAGGUGCCGGAGACAGCACCCUUCAACGUCACGGUGUGGACGUGGCCGCGCUCCGAGUGCGAGAGCGACGCCGGCGUGCACGUGUGCCUGCAGCAGGUGCGCGCCGACCACGAGCUGCCGAAGCCCCUGGCGUCGUCUGAGCUGCCGCUGCGGCUGCUGUUGCCCUUCGGACGCGACCAGAGGGACCAGGCCACCGGGGCGACGCGGCAGGUGGGCGGCGUGUCGUUCGCGCCUCCUCCGUCGCCGCUGCUGACGCAGCCCGAGGACGUGCCUACGGAGGCGGUGUGCGCCGCAGACGUCGACAGCGGUGCGACGGUGGCGACACCAGCGCCGCGCAGUGGCUGCCCUCAGGACCAGCCGUGCCGCUGCGUGCACGUGCGCCGGGUCCCGCUCGGCAGUGCCCUCGAGGUCGUCCUCGUCAACCAGGACGACUCGGACAGCACGAUCCACGUGCACGGGAAUCCCGGGUACGUGGUGGGGACGGCCGAGGUGCCGGUGGGCACUCCCGUUGAGUCGGUGCCGGAGUUGCUGAGGCCGCGCCUGCAGCUGCGGCAGCCGCCGCUCAAGGACACCGUGCACGUACCGGCCAGGAGCGCAGUCGCGCUGCGACUCGUCGCCGACAACCCAGGUUACUGGCUCAUCCACGACCAACGACCAUCCCACUGGACAGCAGGUCUUGCAGUCCUCCUGCAAGUUGGAUCAUCAUCAGAUGUCACAAAUGUCCCCUCAGAUUUUCCUCGUUGUGGUAGCUGGGUUGGACCAGAGUUCCUGCUUAUAUAAAGUAAUAGGCUGCAGAAGGUAAUUGUUGUGUACCUGUAAAAUUACAUGAAGAACAUCCACCAACAACAUGAAGCAGUUGCCUUUUACAUAUCCUUUUAAGGAUGUUGAAUCUGAAACUUAGUGUUUUGAGCAGCUUAGCCCAUGACCAUUAAAGUUUAUGCUAUAAUAUUGAGUCAACAUGUUCUCUUUGAAAGGUUCUCACUUGACAUUCUGCCAUACCUCAGAUUCUAUAAAUAUUCCUUUUUUGUUGAUUUUAUGUUAAAUGAUUAAAAGCUUUGAUGGAAUUUAAUUAGAAAUGAAUGAGAAACUUGUCCCUGCAGAAUGAAGUCUGAGUCAUUUCUAACAUCUAUAAGAUAUGCUGUGUAUCUGCUUCUUGUUAUAAUGGCUUCCAAAAUCAUUAUUAAAUUUUUUAAAUGUCUGAGGACAGGAGACAAUGAUGAACAUAGGUCAUUUUAUAACAGAAAUACACCAACAGCUUCAGUAAAGUGAUAACAUUUCACUUAUUACAGCUACAUGGUCUGUAUUAGUAGCCACAAUGUACUAUAAGUGCAGAUAUGAUUUCCCCACUGCAGGCCAGUAUGUUUAUAAAGAAAUAACAUUUUAAUGUCAAAACAGCUGAAAUUUUAAUGCAAAUUUAAACUGCAGUUCGAUAUGUAGAUAGUUUUAGUGCUUAACAAAUUGUACAACAGUAUAACUCAUACCACCAGUACAGUUUCAUACCUAUAACUGAAUUAAAAGAUUUUAACUUCAAUAGGUCAACACUAUCCACCUUGUUUGAAGUGUCUUGGUGUUUUGAGGCGCCAUGACAAAUAUGCCAUUGUCUUGCCCUGCUCAUGAUGUUAGUGGAUAAUCAGUGGAAUGAUACAUAAUGGUACAUAGGAUAUUAUUCUAUGAAAUUUGUGAUUAUUUGUCAGUCAUUGCUCAAUCACAUAAUGAUGUUUUUGUAAGCCAAAUUGAACCAAUGCAUAUGAAUAAUGAAAGUUGUUGUUGAAGAUAGGAACUGCAAUGAAAUACAUUUUUUGGAUCAGAACGUAUAUAAAUGUGAAAUGUAACUAUGAUGACAAUGUAGAGAGAACUGCAUUUAUGAUUGCUCAUGCUUAUUAUGGAAGACCAAUAAGAAUUUUAUGUAUUUUCCAUAUGGGAAAUUUUAAACUAUCUUUGUUCUAACAGAAACUAACAUCACAUUUUAUUCCUAUACAAAUUAUAUAUUGUAUAUUACAACAAAAAAGUCUGUGAUAGUUAUUGUUAAUGUGUUUGUGCGUUAUUUGUGUGUUCAGUGCUUCCCAGGUAGCAUAGUAGAUUACAAUAAUAAUUUUCAUUGACAGUGUUUUAAGUUAUUUAUAUUAUGAAAACUGUACUUCUGUUAAACUUUAUAGAAAUAAAAUGAAACUGUUUCCUUGUAAAUAUAUCACGUAAAUGUGUGACAACAGAAUAAUAU